CUACGUUCAGUCUUUCCGAGUCUCGUUUGCGCGUGGGUCGCGCGCGCGUCGCUUAACUUCCGCGCGUCUACGCGUUCUAUAUCCGCACGCGUUUUAUUCGCGCAUUGUUUUCACGAUUAAAACGUGUCCCAUUGUUUUUUUUCUCCCCAUAUCCGUGAUAGUUCAAUAUUAUUAUACUUUUCCGAAAAAAUUGUACGAGUAAUUUACGAAAAGCAAAAGAACGAGCGACAAAGAAAGAGAAAGAGAAAGAGAGAGAAAGAAAGAAAGAGAAAGAGAGAGAGAGAGAGAGAGAGAGAGAGAGAGAAAGGAACGUUUAAAGUGCAAUUUUUGUUUGUUUGAGUAGUGCGCCAUGUGACGAGGAAAGAUAUUUCUUUUCGAAGGAUAUUAAGAAAGAAAGAUAAUAAAAUAAUUUAUCUAUCGUAGAAAAUCUUCCUUUUCUUCUUGUUCCCUUUUCCAAGGCCCUUCCCUUUUCCUUUCGAAAGUUAGCGUCACUCUCCUUCGAACAGUCUCUUUGUGUGUUUAACGCAACACAAGACCACGUGAUUUCGAGCGUUCCUUCUAAUCUCUUCUUUUUCUUAUUCUACUCCUACUUUUUCUUUUUCUUUUUCUUCCUUCUUCUCCCCUUCCUCCUCCUCCUCCUCUUCCUCCUCCUAUUUCUUUCCUCUAUUAGAACGAUCUCAGCUCGAGGCUAUGCGCUUUGGAGCAUGAGGUGGAUAGUAGUACGAUACGACGACGACGACGACGACGGUGUGUGAGAUAAGCCUGAAGCGAGUUUUUUGACAGAAGAAACGGAGAAAGAAAGAGAUAGAUGGAUAGAUAGAGUGCCAAGUUUUAGCCGAGUUUUCUUAGAGUUUUUCAACGGUCGUGCUUCUUGGUGUCUCGCAGCUGGUGCGCGUGCAGCUUUGUUCCCUGUGAACAAGGAAGAAGAUAGAAGAAAAUAAGGGUGAGGGAGAGAGACAGAAGAAAAGGUCAAAGGAUACAAAACUUUACCUGCGGACUGCUUAUAUUCUUUCAAGAACACGCGGCCUGAAACUGAAAGCGUGACUUAUGAACGCCAGCCGAGAUAAAGGAUCUUGAUACGAAUUUGUUGGAGCUUGGCUUUUACGUACUCACGUCGAACGCAAAUCAUCUAUAAAACAUAUGUCAAAACGUCCGGAAAAACCAACUGGGCAGAAAGUAAUCCACCGUCGGUAUUCACUUUGACGCUUCUGCCCGCCCACGUAAAGACAUCGACAACAUUUACGAGGAAGGUUUGGAACCUUGGACGGCUGAUAUCAAGAGCGACACAUUGAUGCACCGACUAUCGAUUCGUAGCAGCACCAACGGUGAGGAGACACCGACCCACUGGCAAGGAAAUUUCGAUAGACAAUCCACCUCAAAGGAGGGAGUGACACUAUUGUCUGGUUAGAAGGACGUUUCCAGUUUACUCAGACCGAGUAAAUUCUCAGGAUGGAGUUGACAACGGCGAGGUUGUUACUCUACUUGAUGCUGACAAUGGUGGCCAUGUGCCGAGGACAAGACGUCGCGCAAGACUGGAUGCAGUGCACGACGUCGUCGUGUAAAUGCAAAUGGGUGUCCGGUAAGAAGACGGCCGAGUGCAUGAGGCAGAAUUUAACGCAAGUACCGCAAAACUUGUCGUCGGAAAUUCAGAGUCUUGAUCUCACCGGGAAUCGAAUACCUCACUUGAUCGAAGACAUCUUCAAAUUGAACAAUCUCGUAAAUCUUCACAAACUGGUACUGCGCGAAUGCGGGAUCGAGUCGGUGCAUCCUAAGUCAUUCAGAGCACUGAAGAUCAUAAUCGAGAUUGAUCUCUCAGCUAACAACAUUAGAACGCUCCAUCCGGGUACUUUCGUCGAGACCCUACGACUCAGAGUACUACUCUUGAAUCAGAAUAAACUGAGAGUUCUAGAAGAUGGUUUGUUCUUCAACUUGACCUUUUUACAAAAGGUCGAGGUAUCCGAUAAUAAAUUGGAAAGAAUCGAAAAUAAGACUUUCCGUAAUUUACCUGGACUCCAGUCACUCACCUUAGAUGGAAAUAAUCUAAGCGUACUUAAGCUUCACAGUUUCGAGAAUUUACCGAAAUUGAACAGUCUCGAGCUUCAAAAUAAUCCUUGGAAUUGUAACUGCCGACUCAAGAAAUUUCGCGACUGGACGAUAGAGCGGAAACUGUACACGAAGCCUAAUACUUGCCAGCAGCCAGCCAAUCUUGCUGGGAAGAUGUGGGACGAGGUAACAAGCGACGACUUUGCUUGCCGUCCGGAAAUAUUUGCUAUUGGACCAACGGGAAAACUCGAGAUCGGCCAAGGAGAUGCAAAACUUUGGUGCAGAGCCACAGGCACUCCUCGACCUCAGCUCGUCUGGGUGUAUCGAUCAAAAAUACUAAAUAAUCAAAGCAGACGACAUAACGGAGAACGUGGCUAUAUUAUCGAGUCCAGCAACGAUUGGUUGAAUCUGACUAUUCCUAGCGUUAGUACAUCUGACAAAGGUGAUUACGUUUGUCUUGCAAAGAAUCCAGGUGGUAGUGUAGAGAAGAAUGUAACUUUGAGUAUCGUGGGUGAUACCAUCGGUGGUAGGGAUAGUACGAUCAGCCUACCGUUAGCUAUAGGACUCGGUAUCGUAGCCCUUUUACUUUUUUUCGUCACGAUGACGCUUUGUGCUUGCUAUUGUCGACGUCGUCGAAGUCAUCACGAUGAGAAAGGCUUGGAAGCAGCAUCCUUAGAACGUCAUGGUCUGGGAGAACAAGAGAAGUCUCUAAUCACAACUAUAAAUACCAGCUCGGUUAAAGCAGCCAGGCGAUACGAGGCACCUUCCGUGACGUCGCACGGCACCGAAAUGACGGAGCUGAACCGAACCCUUCUCGACAACGACUCGGUCUUCGCUGACGGUGUGGUCGGUAGCGGCGUGAUCGGCAACGUGGUUGGCGGAGGAUUGGACGAGGAAAGAGAGGAGGGUACGAGGACAACAGAAUUCGAUAACGGGGGUGCCGGUGGAACUUUAAGCCGUGUCGGAAAUGCCACUUACCGACAGUAUCCGCCGGACCUGUUGGCUUUCUCCGGCGGUCGUGGCGCCUCGCCGACUAGUCAGGCUUCUACAGCGCCAGACAACACUCGUCUUCCUAGCCAACAACAUCAGCAACAUCAACCGCAACAACAACAGCAACAACAACAACAUCAGCAACAAAGACAACAUUCAACCUCGAGUCCUACGUCUUUGGGCUAUAGCUCACCGCUCGGACAAUAUCCUGCAACUUUCAAAACUCUUCCUCAUAAUAGAAGCGUCACGCCAUACGGGCUCGCAGGAUCUGCAGUGGCACCAGUGAUGCCUCGUCACGGAUACGUGACCAUUCCGAGAAGACCUAGAGCUCCUAGCUGGAGCAGCGGCCCGCCGACAUCGCCUACGGAUGUAUUAGAACCCGUCUAUGAUAAUUUAGGCGUACGUAGUACAGCAGAUGGCAGCUCAGUGCGUUCUCUAAAUAAAAGUCCGGAAAGCGGACCUUCGGUCAGAGGAAGGCAGAUUCCUGGUACACCGACCUCACACUAUGCAACCAUGCAACGAAGCACUCCGAACAUAUUAGCUGGCAGUUCGAACGCACUCGGUACCCUUGAUAGAUCGGCGCCCGAGGGUGCUCCCGAGGCCAUCUCUGAUUGGUCCAUUAAAUUGGCUGACGAGACUUUCGAUAUCAGCUCUAGAUCCCUCGGGCUGCAACAACAAGGUAACAACACGUUAGGUAGGAAGAUUCCACCUAGGCCACCUCCAAAACCUAAAAAGAAAACGACCAAUGGACCUCUCUACGAGGACGAGGAUGAGGACGGCACGGAAGUAUGAUCCUAUGAAUAUAAUGGACAAUGAGGACGUCGGGUCUUCCUUCUUCUUCAUUCCCGCCACUACUACGUCGAGCCAUUUAACUCUAUCGAGUCGCCGACGAACUCGGGAAAGAAACCAAUAGUGCCUUCAUUCGAAGAUUUCGAUGAUUCUUCUUCCGAUGCCAGCGCAAGUCGAUGCAAUUCUUCAUUCGGAAGAAGAAAUGAUACUGCGACGUGACGAUGACGAGGGGACACCGAUUCCUCGUUUUAUCGAACGUCCAGCUGACGAGGAACGAAGAAUACGGAUUAUAUCUCGCGUGGGAUGCGAUUUAUCGCUAUUUCUCUCGAUAUGCGUUUUAUUUUUCCCAGUUUCUUUCCUCCUUCCAUAUUAUUUCUCCGAUCACAAUAUUUUCGUUCCUUUCAUUUUCUAUUUCACUUUUCAUCGGCUCGUCCGAAAAACGAGAGACCAGAACGAUUUCACGAUUAUAUUUACGAAUAUUAUAUAUCGCGGGAUGUGCUUACCGAAAUAAUAGCAUACAACGUUGAUAAAUUCAUGAAAUGAUUUUUAUCGAGAAGCAAUGAGUAAGUGAGAAAUAGUAGGAAAAUUUAAUCUUUCUUUUUAAGAUAUCUUGAAUUUCUAUUAUCUUAUUCGAUAUAUCUAGUUUAUUGGCUAGAAAUGAUAUCUAUUCGUUAAAAUAGAAAAUAAUUCUUCUGAUAUUUCCAACGAUAUUUUAUUUAUUUAUCGUGGUUUCUCAUUUUCUAAAGAAUCAAUCAAGCUUGGCUAAUGUGAUGUCGAUUUAAUCCCAGAUGAGAGAUCGGAUUCAAGUCACCAACAUUAGGUUCUAUUCUUUAAUGUCCGUUCAACGUCCACUACUCUGUUUCGUAAUCGACUAAGCAUUUCUGGUUUAUGGUUCUUCGACUUUAGAAGCUUUUUGCACAGAUGAAAGAUGUUAAGCUUACUUAACAAGAUUGAGUAAGGUAUUUCAAACAUCUUUUCAAUUGAAUAACGCUACAUUUUACAAAAUUAUUUCCAUUAUUUAGCCCGUUUUUAAGACAACUGGCAAAAAUAUAAUAAAAGAAUAUGUAUCGUUUAUUGGGAAAAUAAAUAAACCUUUUUUAAUGUUUCGGACUAAUUGUAAAUCCAUUGGGGAAAUAAAUUUGUAAAAUUAGAAAAAAUAAAAUACGUGACACUCGCAACAAGUUGUAUAAUGUCGAAUCGUAAAAAUUUUCUCUCUCAGGGUAAAAAUGGAAUAAUAAAGAAAAGAAAGGUGGAUAGACACGAAGAAGAUAGUUUCGAAUAAAAUGCAGCAAAACUAUAACGAUCCCUGUUGUUCGUGGCCAAUAAAUCCAGUGUCAAAGAACGUACCUUCCGGAAAGAGUGGUAGGAAUCCGCCGUGUGAAAUACUGUUGGUAACGCCGAACAUCGUGUUAGCGAAAAAAGCUUUCCCGUAUUGCAUUCGAUCGCCGCUACGGAUUGCUAUCGUUUAUUUAGAAAACGCGUGAACGCGAAAGCUGAGCGAACGAAACA